AUGUAUCCUCAGGCUUUCGAGAGUGAAGAUGCACACACCCAAUGCCCGGGGCACGCCGACAUUGCUGAAUCUUUCGACACUGCAGCUAUUGCUGGCACAGCGAACUUUUUUCAUUUUUUGCGACACCAGCCUUCGGAAAUGGUGUCCCGUCAGUUUGCCUGGUUCCAAAUGAUGGGCAUCAUCGCAGGGUUAACAGCACCCCUCUUCACACAGAGCCAAUGUUGCUCCAAGUCUUCACAGAAGCAAAAGACCACUGCUGAUGGCUCAAGUGAUUAUGAGAAGGCUGUUGCCUUGAACGAACUGACCCGUACCGACAACGAACUUCUGCAGACUCGAAUCGAAGCCCUGCACAAGGAGCUAAACUAUGUCCGUACUCAGAUAAGCACUCACAGGGGGCAGGCUCGCGUAUGGGAAGUUCGUUGGGCUGAAGAGGCUCGUCAAUGUGAUCUUAUGCGGCAUUACAUUUCGGAGGAAGACCUAAACAAAUGCUUGCCAUCUUCUCAGGUGGAUCUCACUCGCUAUAAACCAGCCAAACUUCGUCAUAGAGAUCAUUGGUCCACCUCCUCAUGCGAUUCUUAA